AUGAACUCGAGUUUCAAUUCCAAACAGAUUGGCCGACUCGAGGAAUGCUCAUUUACAACUCUACAACUUCGACUUAGAAAUGAUUACGGCAAAGAAAGUGCCGCAAUAGCCGCUAUUGACGGGGAGUAUGGGACGUCGCACCGAAGCGGUGGGCUUGGUCUCUACCUAGGUUAUCCAACAGCCGUUGCAGGAGAAGGGACUAAUACGGUGGAAACAUUGAGAAAUUCCAACUGGGAAUAUCUUUCAAGUCAUCCAAACAGUUUUAAGUCUGAAACGUCAACAAAUCCGGACAAAGCAACAGAACCAUCAACAGAAGAAGCACUUGAGCAAUCAACUCUACCGCAUUUUGACAUCAGCCAAUGCAAUUCGACGGCGGAUUGCACCAUUUUUGUCGAUGAUUCCCCGAUUGCUCCAACAACGAACGCUUACUCUGGUCCAAUAACUUCGUCAAAAAGCUACUCAGUCUCGGUCGACAUUCUCUGUGAUUCUUCUAUGGGUGUCGACAAUGACUGGAAAAAUAUCAUCCGUUUCGGCGACGGAAUGGAAAUAGCAUACGUCUCUGAUGGGCAUGCUGACGCGGCUUAUGAUUACCUUGUCCGAAAUUUCUUCUUUGUCGAUACCGCUUCUUGCUCCGACCCUUGCGAUGAACUCGUCAACUGCUUUAAUAUUGUCAACAGCUGCGCCAUCGCCCCUGCUCAAGAUAAUCUUCUCGCGACCGUGCCGGCUGCUUUGAGCUACAAGGCCUCAUCUGAGGUCUUCUGCGACCACAGCGCACCUACAAACUCGGAAUACACGAGCGUUCUUCGGCUCGGUGCGGGACCCAAUUACGGUGCACCCGGCGACCGAACUUUUCUUCUCCUGCGAGAACCGAGUGGCCAUCAGAUUCACUUUGCAAUCAACCAUCCAGACAAUAUUCCGACUUGGGCUCAUCAGAUAUACACGGAUGUCCCCUGCGUUGACGGUCAAUGGAGCACCUACACAAUCGAAGUCACGGAUGCUGGAAACGGGCAAGUCAACUACGUUGCAAGUGUCGACGGAAGCAUCGUCAUGUCGGGAAGUUAUGCCUCCAGCGGAUCGAAAAGCACAGGCAAUCUGACUGCAUACGUGGCUGACAACUGGGAAGUAUUCUAUGGCGGGGUAGAUAUGUCCUACGAAAACCGAGAAGGUGGGGCAGAAUGCGCUUCAGAAUCAAGUCUCAAAACUCGCGCUUGGGAAGUGCUCCUCGUCACGGGACUCAGCUACCUUCAGUUCAAGUUUGCUGAAGAACGCUGUAGAAAGUACUACUUGGAAAAUGAGUCAGAAUUGAACGCAAAGAAGAUCGAGUCGAGCAGCAGGCGGCAAAUUAUGCUGCUCAUUUUGGCGAUGACUUGGGGGAUGGAAAUUGCAUUUAAACUCGUCGAAGGAAAGCUGAUUUUUCUGCUGAAUCCGUGCCAUCUUUUCACCGCCCUGCAAUUGUACUUUCUCGCUGGAAAACCGAGCAAAACCAUGCACAUACUUUUCCAAGCCCAUGUUCCUGUCGUUUUUGGCGCUUUUCUAGCCAUGAUCUUGCCUGACACUGAUUCGCGAUUGUUGCCACUUCAGCGAGAGGUCUACUGGGUCCAACACAUGCUGAUUUGGAUCAUUCCUGCUUAUCUUGCUCCCCUUGGCGGAGUCUUCCGCAUCGAAAAAGACUGGUCUUGGACCUGGCUUGGCCUUAGUUUCUUGCAAAUGUACCACAGCAUCGUUCUUCAAGGAUUUUCCCUUCUGUUCUCGACAAACUUGAAUCACAUGCUCUGCGCGCACAAAUUCGACCCUUUCAAAAAUUUCAACUAUCGAAUUUUCGCUAAUGGUUAUUGCCUUUUUCUGUGCUGGCUUCACUCUGGACUGUAUUCUUAUGUUUUCAAAGGGAUAAAAGGUGUUUCCCAAGACGGAACUGCCCAAAUCGAAGAUAAAAAGCAAACUGUAAAAGCUGACUAA